CAUGAAUAAUCUACAAUGUCUGAAUUACAACAUUGCUAAUCCACUUGACAAUUACAUCAUAGGUGAAUAAAUUAAUAUAUAUAGAGUAGUCCAUUGGCAAGGGAACCUUUGGUAAAGUUUAUAGAGGUCUUCAUAAACCAACUUAAUAAUUUGUAGCUAUUAAGAUUCUUGAGAAGAGCAGAAUUGAAUAAGCUGCAGAUUUCACAAGGAUAUAAAGAGAAAUUCAUAUACUUCGUAAACUUCGACAUCCAAAUAUUGUUUAAUUAUAUGAAAUACUUGAAUCAGAAACUAAAAUAUAUCUCAUCAUGGAGUUUAUAAGUGGAGGUGAACUAUUCCAACACAUAAUAAAACAUAAGAGACUUUCAGAGAGUGAAGCUGCUGCACUCUUUUCAUAAAUCAUUGAAGCUAUAGAAUAUUUACAUUCUCUUAAAGUUGCUCAUAGAGAUCUUAAACCUGAAAAUCUACUUCUAGAAAAAGACACUCUAAAAGUAGUUGAUUUUGGUUUAAGUAAUAUCUAUUCUGAUCUACUUUCCACUCCUUGUGGUUCUCCUUGCUAUGCUGCUCCAGAAAUGGUCUCAGGCAUCUAAUAUUCAGGUAUCAAGACCGAUAUUUGGGCUAGUGGCAUAAUCUUAUAUGCCAUGCUUUGUGGAUAUGUACCUUUUGAAGACUCAAACACAAGAAAACUUUAUGACAAAAUCAAAAAUUCAGAUUUCCAAAGGCCUUCUCAUCUGAGUCCUCAAGUCAUAGAUUUAUUAUAAGGUUUAUUAAAUAAGAAUCCUAUUAAUAGAUUGAGUAUUGCUAAAAUUAAAAUGCAUCCCUUUAUUAGGUAUUAUUAUUCUUUUUAUUUUUAAGCAAGCAUUCUUAUUCUGUUUAAAUUCAUCGCACUUUAGCUAUCAAUUCAAACAUUAUAAAAUAGUUAUAAACAAUUGGAAUUGAUAGUUAAAAAUGCAGAGAAAUGAUCAUCAAUAAUAAACACAAUCCUAUUACUACUACCUAUCAUCUUUUAAAUAAAUAUUCAAAGCCUGCUUAACAAAGCUAAAGAGUCAGAACUCAUUAGAGCAUUAAAUCAGUGGUCGAUAAACCAAGUAAUUCUAUUGAAAGAAGACCUAAUUCAAGCAUUUACCACAAUAAAACUAAAUCAUAUGAAAAUAAUUACAAUACUGCUAUGCAUAUGAAUCGUGCAUUUGAUAAUCGUAUAUCAGAAAGACCUAAAUCUACUGAAAGAAGAGUUUGCACAGAAAAUGACAGAUGGGAACGAAUCAAAACUUAAUAUGAGACCAAAGAAAAUUCUUAACGAAAAACUCAUAUAUUAAAACCAAGUAAAUCACCAGUUAUGUAUGCAGAGUAUAAAUUGAAAACAGCAAGAAUUAUGUGA